AUGUGUGCCCUUGCCUGGAGACCCGGCCGCGCUACCGAGACGGUCGCUGCCCCUGCGCAGCCGCCCGCGGCGCCGAACGGCGAGGACUGGGUGCCGGUGAUGCUCCCGGAGGACCUGCCCAAGGGCGUGCGGAAGGAGGUGAUGGUUGCGGGGACGUCGGUGCUGCUGUUUUGGUACCGGAAUGAGGUGUUUUGCAUCGAGUCGCGGUCCCCCGCCGAGGGCGCGUACUCCGAGGGCUUCAUCCGGGCGAAAUUCACGCAAGACUACGGCAUCGAGUGCACCACGACGGGCUCCAUCUUCUCCCUGAAGACGGGCGAGGCGCUCGACCUGUACCCGACCAACCCCGUGCUCAAGGCGCUCACGCCCGUCGACUCGGUCCGGAAGCUCCAGAUCUUCCCCGUCAAGGUCCAGCAGGACGCCAUCUACGUCGACGUCUCCGUCGGGCCCAGCCAGACCUUCAAGUCGCGCGGCGGGUCGGACUCGUCGAUCGACAAGAACAACGUCUACUCGCUCGAGCCCAAGAUGUACCUCGAGGGGGCCUCCCCGGACAAGCCGUACGAGCAGGAGGGCGAGGGCGGGAGCCUCGCGGGCAAGGCGGUCGUCGCGGUCGCCUGGAGCCUCGUCGCGCUCGCGGUCGUCGCCUCGGUCUACGCCUCGGUGACCUUCCUCAUCGAGAACGCCUGA